GUUUCAAUAAAUAACUUUAAGGGAGUAAUGCUAUGGUUAUAAAGGAAGAGUAAAUAUUCUUAUUAAAUAAUAUAAUUAGACCUUUCUUUUCUAGAGUAUAACCUUAUGAUUAAUGGGGUGCAGCUACAACAAAUCCAGUUUUAGAAAGAUAUAAGAAAUGGCUUGAAGAAUUCAAAUUACAAAAUUAAAUAAAAAAACAUGCUAAAGAAGAGUAAUAAGUAUGUGAAGAUGAAAAAUUUUAAAGAGUGAGAGAUUUAACCAAAAAAGAUAGAGAGAUGAUAAAAAAAUAAAGGAAGAAUACAAAUAAAUAAAUGAAAUUAUUAAGAAAGACUUAUAAGAUGGAUAAAAAAAUAAAAUGUGAGGUUGUUAUCUUAAUUUCAAGAGUAUAAUUGACUGCCAAAAAUCUAAAAAAAAAUUAGAAGAGAGAGAUACUAUAAAAUAAUAAGAAGUUAAAAAUGAUAAUAAAAUGGAUAAAAAAUACUAAGGAGAUCAAAAGAAAAAAUACAAAACAAAACCUAUUUGGGCGAUGACUAAAGAAGUUAUUAAUUAUAUUUAUAUUAUAAAAGGAAG